AUGUCUGCUCCACGCUGGUAUUUGAGGUCUUCGGACGAUGUGCCUGAGAGCGGCGUCUUUCCUUUUGCCAAGGAUUGGCGAAACCCCAACACAUCUUGGACAGGUGGCGAUAAGGCGGCUUUUCUGAUUUGCUAUGCCCUGUUUUGGGUGUUGGUGUGCAUCAUCGUGCACUUCUGGUCCAAGAUCGUGAUUGCUUGUCGGCGUCUGAAGAGCAACAUUGGCUUUGGUGCUCGAGCACUCCGCAUGCGUGAUCAGCAGAGGGCGCCACUGGUAGAGGAUGUUUCCGAACUUUGCAGCCAGUCUGACCACCUUGCGAUUGGGCCCACGCCGGCUUAUCCUGCAGACAGGAUCUGCGAGGACACAACCUUUGCGUCGCGAGAAGAGGGAUUCCGCAGCGCGGCCAUGUUUGACUUCGAUGAGCUCUCCGGAGAAGAGGAGGCCGAGGAGGCCAAGACCGUCAAGAAAGACGUGACCACAGUGACCACUUCGGCAACUGUCAAACUGGCCUCCCCCAGUCCGCAGGGGACAAAGCUCCAAAACGAAGGUGGACAGGGAUUGACAGAGGUUUUGGUACGCCACGCUAUACACGGCUGGGAGCUUGCCGUCUCUCUUCCUCGAGAUGCAUCGUUCGCUCACCUGAAGCGCGCUUUAGCCAAGCGCUUUCUGGAGGAUGCCGAAGCAUCUUUUUCAGGCCAGCUGGUUAAGAAGGAAGGUGGCAGCUACUGCUCCUACAAAGACAGCAUGGCGCUGGGACAGCUCCGGGAAGUGCUGCUCGCUGGGUUCGAGCCAAAGGAAGCACCAAGUCAGGGAGAGAAGUUCCUCUUCGAGGAGAUUGACACCGUUCGAGAUUCCAAACCGGAUCGCUCGCUGGACUCUUUCAUUGCAUUGCAGAGGGCCUUGCGAUCAGGAUUCGCUGAAGCCAAGUUCCAGGAGCAACUGUACCAGUUGAAGGAGCAGUGUGAGAAGGGCGAGCUUAAGAAGACAAAGUUCUUGGAGCAGAGGCAACAGCUCUUCCUCACCGUUCAGAGCGAAGUGUUGCCAAAGUUUGGAUACGAAGGGACAUCGCUUGGCGUGUACAAAAUGAUGGGCGACAUGAAGCCCUACGUCCAGGAGCCCGACUUUGUUGUCCUGGCUGACGAGAUCAAUGCACUGCUGGGCAUUGAUUACUCACCGCCGGACACGUGGACUGCGCUUUCAGACAGCUGCCAGAAACUAAACGACGAGAAGGACGUGCGACGAUUUGCUCCAGAAGCGCGUCGACCGAAGCAAGACCAGCGCAGACACGAGUUCAGGCCACCGCUGGGUCUUCUUGGUCCUGUGGGUGUUCCCAGCCUGAUGAGUGGAAAGCCCUUGCGGCUUCCGGAUUCCAUCCUUCAAGGACAUGUGAACGAGCUUUCCAACACGGGACGUCCAGAAGGCGGCUGCUUCAUCCGCCGCUUGCUGAGUGCCUUGACCCGCCGGAGAGUCAUCGAGCUUUUCGAGGAGCAGGCAAAGGCACGCCCUGCUGCUACAGCUCUGAUCGUCCCUUCGGCAGGCCGAUCCUCCAAGGAGAUCACGUACAAAGAAAUGGCUGCGUGUGUGGACGAGGUAGCAGACACGCUCCUGUCACUGGGAAUCUCGUGCGGAUCAGUGGUUGCGCUGGUCAUGGACCGGAGUGUGGCACAGGUUGUGGCAGUGUAUGGCACUUUGAAGGCGGGUGCGGCAUUUCUGCCCGUGGACAACGAUGCCCCGCUGGCGCGCAAGCAGUUUCUGCUUCAUGAAAGUGAAGCAGCAGCAAUGAUUGCGGUCUCAGGCGAUGAAGUAGCUCGUGAGCUCGCCACAGAGAUUGGCUGCAACUUCAUUGCAUUGCCUGCGGAUGGUUCGCGUUCUGGGCUGCAGCUGUUGCGCAGACAGCGGUCACGUGCCCAUUCCUUCGCGUCCGACGGCGAGCCUGGAACUGGCCCAAGCGGCUAUGCGGGUGGGUAUCGUCGUCCCGAGGCAUCCGACAUGGCCCUUCUGAUUUACACGUCCGGUACAACAGGUGCUCCGAAGGGUAUCGUUUAUGAUCACGAGCACCUCAUGCAUGGUGUGUAUUUCUUUGGGAGCCAGUGUCAAGUGGAUUCGACGUCAGUUGCGAUGUUAAAGUCUCCGUAUUUCUGGGCAAUCAUUGAGUGGGAGAUGUUUCCGGCGCUGACGCAAGGCGGAAAGCUGGUGGUAGCUUCAGCAAAUGGACACAAGAGUCCUGAAUAUCUGGCCAACACUAUUGCAGCCGAGGAGGUCAGCGUCUUCAUGGUUACCCCACAGGUUCUAGACCUUGUCCUGGACGUACAUGAUUCUCAAGGAAAUGCAAGGCCGCUACGUUCAGUGAAGCACAUUGUGACCGUCGGCGAGCCAUUGGGAUGUGCAGUCGCCAAUCGUCUUGUGCGCACCAGAGGUGUGGAGGCGCAGCUCCACAAUUUCUACGGAGCAUCUGAGAGUUCUUGCACUGUGUACACCGUACCCAAAGAAGGCAUCGACCUGGACAUCUUUCCAUCCAAGGCCCCAUGCGGUCGGCCACAGCCGCAUGCAAAAGUCUUCGUGAUGAGAGAAGAAGCUCAGGAAUCUGGACCUCCUGUUCUGGUGCAAGUUCCAGGUGGUGAGGCAGGCGAGAUUUGCUUUGGUGGCGUUCUGGCAGCAUGCUAUUGGAAGCAUGACGAGCUGACAGCCCAGAAGUGGAUUGACACGAAGGACCUCGGCAGACUGUACCGAACUGGAGACAUGGGCCGCUGGAGAGCCGGGCAGCUGGAGGUGAUUGGCCGCGUUGACCGACAGGUGAAAAUCCGGGGAGUUCGUGUUGAGCCCGAAGAGGUCGAAGCAGUCCUCAGAAGGUAUCACUAUGCGACCAGCGAGGACGCUGGGCCAUCUGGCCUUGAGCUAGGCGGUCCACGACCAGGGCUCAAAGAGGUCGCAGUGGUGGCUUCGAAGGAGCCUGCUGAACUGGUAGCUUUCGUCAGCCUCCGCGAAGGCUUGGAUGGAGCUGUGACUCCAGACACCCUGCGGGCUCAUUGUCAGGCGAAUCUCACGCCCUCCUACGUUCCAAAGUUCUUUGUGAUCUUGCAAGAGCUUCCAAAGCUUCCAAACGGAAAGUCCAAUUUGAAGCAGCUGGCAGAGAUGGCCACGGACCACGUGGUGGAAGAGGGCGAGGUUGUGAUGGAUUCCUUAGGCCAGAUGAAGAAGCUGUCCAAGUGGGCCAUCUUCGAGAAUCAGGUGAUCCACAGAUGUUAUGCGUGGUGGAUGAUUGGCGUCCUAACGGAUCACUACAUGCGCUGUGCCAUCGACAUGGACAAAGACAACCAGUACUAUCCCUUCUGCACGACUUUGGCAAGGACAGCCGUGAGGCCUUGGUCCGAGAUCCUUGUUCGCUCUUUGGGGAAUGAUCAAGAUUUGUUUGGCUUUAUCAUGCUGGGAGCCUACCAGGACUCCCGGCCAGCCACCCCCGGAGGGCCUCCAAGCGUGAAGUUUGGGAUGAAGGAUUUCUUUGUCUUCAUCGUCUACAUGGCCAUGGCUUUGCCGUUGCCCCAGAUCUUGCACUUCAUCUUCCGGGAGUAUGCCUGGCCGAUCGACUGGGGCGGCAUGGAGCCGACCAAUGAGUGGGGCUGGAGCUACAUGCAGGUGAACUCCUACACAUCGGAUCACAGGUGGUAUCUUGGCAUGGUCUUCUGCGCCAGGCUGUAUCUGGAGAUAUGCGAGCGCAUCCAGGUACCAGGCUGGUUACAGGGCAUCCUGGCCACAAUCCCGUGCAUUCUGCCCGAUUCUGCUGUUGAAGGUCCCGGCCGACGGCCCUUCACAUUCAACAUCUGCCAAAGUGAGAAUGCUCAGACAUACGUGAUGUGGACCUUCUCGUGGAUUUUCAGAAACUUUGGAACCGGAUGCCCCAUGUACAUGCGCUGGGUGUCAUGGUAUCUGGCAUUCUACGUUUGGAGCUUCCACUAUUUGAGGCCCGCAGUGGCAUUGCUGUCCAAGCGGCUCCCGAAGGGCCCGACGUGGUCAGCCGCAGCCCUGGGUUGCAGCAUGUUCAUCGGAGUUCUGAUGGCCUUGUUCCACUACCCGAACAACGUCCUUGAGAAAGGGACGGGUAUGGCCUGGGCUUGGCUCGAGAUCGGGGUCGACAUCCUUCAACCCACCCUAUUCGUGUUGGGAAUGACCUACGUGCCCGUUGACCUUGCCUGGUGGGGCAACACCACGUUGGGUGCAUAUGUCUUUCACUUCUACUUCCGAGACCAUGUGGCAGUGCUGACCAUGAGCAUCUGCGAUGGGCUUGCCUGGGAUCAGAGUGGACUUCUGGUAGUGGCGGUCAUCUUGCUGCUCUGCCUGGUGUUCACAACCUUUCUUGGUCCAGUUGGGCACUACAUCCUGCUGUCGCCGACGCUUCUAUACUCACGCAUCCAUCGCAUCCUGAAUCGCAGCUGA